UAUCGUUCGCGCCGCCCUGGCAGAUGUGGCUGCCCACCCAAUGUAUACUAGACUAUAACUACCUUAUGUAUGACCCUCAAAUGAGAAGUUAACCCUCGUCGUCCAACACUCCAACACAGCAUCUACGGAUUCCACACUCUACAAGAUGCGAUUCACGCCCAUUAUUGCAGCCGUGGUGGCCGGCCUUGUUGGCACCUGCAUGUGCGAAGAAGUUGAAGUCGCGGGCUAUUCGGACCUAGCCAGCGACUUGUCUGCGCCUCUGUCAGAUAUGAGCGAUACGUCUCCAAACUUGAUGAGGAACAUCUUCAGUCGGCAGAGGCAGUGGUGCACCGCAGGGUCUCCCUACGUGAUUUGCCCAACCCCGAGGACAUGCUGCAACGCGAGAGACAACUGUACACCGCGUGGGUGUUGCCCCAAAACUGCUCAGACGUGCGGCGGAAGACUCUGUACCGAGUCCGGUGCUAUUUGCUGUGGGAAUUCUGCCUGCAGGCCAGGCGCAAGCUGCAAGGUCUCUGCUGGAGGGCAAAGUGUCUGCUGCAGGAGUGCCACUGAUGUAGCAUGCAAUGGCUUCUGCUGCCCAGCAGGCUCCACCUGCGUCGCGGGUGGGCUAUGCCGGAGGACGCGGACAUCCAUCUCGAGAACGACGCGGACGUCGACGCGGACGUCAACCUCUCGGUCUACAUCCACUUCUCGGUCCACUAUAACGGCACGAUCUACUAUUACCCGCAGCGCAGCAACCACAGUCCGCUCUACGGUUGCUUCUACCAAAACAAGGACUACUGAAAAGUGCGGCCCAACUGGUUUAUCUGGUAGGGCCACCGGUGGGUGGGACUAUAUCAAGGUACAGGGUGAGGCCAACUGCGUUCCGGUGCUCGACUUCUAUUGCGUCGACGAUCUGUUCGAUCAGAUGUGCACCAGUAUGUGCCAAGGUAUCCGCGACCAACGGAAUAUCAACCCCCAGAAUGUUCUAAGCGACCGGGCCAUUCUGUUGCACAGACGCAUGGGACGGAACGAGGCAGCCGCCUGCCGAACUAUGGGUUGCGCACAGCGCCGAACUUACAGCAAUCUCUACCAACGAUACUUUUCCAUGCAAUGCGACGAGUUCCCACCAGCAUCCUCCAUGGAAGGCGGCGGCCCAACCGUGACCUGCAUCUCCUGGUACCAAAACAACCUCGGCGGCGUCUUCCUCCGCCAGUUCUACGACGACCUGAACCUCCAACAAGGCCAGCCGUACAUCAUCCGCAUGGACACGUGCAACUUCCCCAAGACCCCCGUCAGCUACCCUCAAGGCUCCGAGCCCCAGCCCCACCCCCGGCGCCAAGCCGACAACGGCGGCGAACAGACGACGGUCAAAGCCGCGCACGACCCCCUCUGGGUGCGCGACCCGCGCACCAAAUCCGAGGGCUACAUGCUCAUGCCGCUGGAGGCGAGCGGGCCGGGUACCUACAACGCGACGCUGUCGCUGUCGAACCUGGACCGCCUGGAGGACGUGUCCAUCCUGGACGGUGCGGGCGGUGUCGUGUGGAACAGUACGGGCGGCGCGCCGUUUGCCAACGGCCGGAGGAGUCUGCAGUAUAAGGUCCAGGACGAUACCCAGGACCUGUUUGUCGCGGCGGGUGCGGCUACGAGCGUGUCGGUGAGCGCGGCGUUUACGGCGACUAGUGUGCCGCGGGCUACGGCUUCGCCGUCGUCGGCGGUGAGGGGGAGAGGGGGGGUGGGUGUUGCGGGUCUGCUGGUUGGUGUUGUGGUUGGGGUUAUGUGGGUUUGAGGGGGUUUCGAGAAGGGUAUUUGUCGUUUUGAGAUGAGUGGUUUAGAAGCCGUAGAUUC